GGGUUCAUAUAUAAUUUGGCUUGAUGCGGCCAUAAACCCUUACUCAUAUAUUUUGUGUGACCUUCGUUCCACGAAAAACCCUAGCCCCUCUUCUCCCCCAAGAAAACAACAGCAAUGACAGGUGCAGGUGAAGCAGUAAAUCCAAAAGCAUACCCACUUGCGGAUGCGCAACUCACCAUAACUAUUCUGGAUCUCAUUCAACAAGCUGCCAACUACAAGCAGCUCAAAAAGGGCGCUAAUGAAGCAACCAAAACCCUCAAUAGGGGUAUCUCUGAGUUCGUAGUUAUGGCUGCUGACACGGAGCCCCUUGAAAUCCUACUCCAUCUUCCUUUGCUUGCUGAGGAUAAGAAUGUGCCUUAUGUAUUUGUCCCUUCAAAGCAAGCACUUGGCCGUGCAUGUGGAGUCACAAGGCCUGUCAUUGCCUGUUCGGUGACUAGCAAUGAGGGAAGCCAACUGAAAUCUCAAAUACAACAACUCAAGGUACCUUGCCGUCAAUAUCUUCUGUUUUUCAAAUUUUUUUGUCAAAUUUUACUUACAGUGAUUUUGAUCUGGCAGCUGAAUUUUUUUUUUUUCAUGAAAUGCAGGAUGCCAUUGAGAAGCUCUUGAUCUGAGAAAUAUGGAAUCUCGUUUCGGUGUGAUGGGCCUCUUGGAUCAUAGUAGAAGUAGCAGCUCCUUUAGAGGCUUUGACCUAAUGUAGUUGUUGUGCCACUAGGGAAUUGAGCUCUUUCAUUGUGACAUUUAUCAAAAAUUUUAUCCUCCAUGGUUUUCCUAAUUUAAUAUGAGAGAAUAUUUGGAUAUAUAUUUGCCAAAGUAAGGAUGAAUGAUGCUUUAAACUGA